GGGGUCACGUGGGGCUGCGCGCAAGGCUGCCGGGAGCCGACUGGGCCGCGGGCCGCGGUGCCGGCGCCCUCCUGGAGGGAUGGGGCUGCCGGGCGCGUAGGGGCCAUGCCGCCCGGGCCCCGGGCCUGCCGCGUUCCGCGCCCCGGCCGCCGCGCCCCGCGUCCGCGCCGGGAUGGUGAACCUGGCGGCCAUGGUGUGGCGCCGGCUUCUGCGGAAGAGGUGGGUGCUCGCCCUGGUCUUCGGGCUGUCGCUCGUCUACUUCCUCAGCAGCACCUUCAAGCAGGAGGAGAGGGCAGUGAGAGAUAGGAAUCUCCUCCAGGUUCAUGACCAUAAUCAGCCCAUCCCGUGGAAAGUGCAGUUUAACUUGGGCAAUAGCAGUCGUCCGAGCAAUCAGUGCCGCAACUCCAUUCAAGGGAAGCACCUCAUCACGGAUGAACUCGGCUACGUUUGCGAGAGGAAGGAUUUGCUGGUAAAUGGCUGCUGUAACGUCAACGUCCCUAGCACAAAGCAGUACUGCUGUGAUGGCUGCUGGCCCAACGGCUGCUGCAGCGCCUAUGAGUACUGUGUCUCCUGCUGCCUGCAGCCCAACAAGCAACUUCUCCUGGAGCGCUUCCUCAACCGGGCAGCUGUGGCAUUCCAGAACCUCUUCAUGGCAGUUGAAGAUCACUUUGAGUUGUGCCUGGCCAAAUGCAGGACCUCAUCCCAGAGCGUGCAGCAUGAGAACACCUACCGGGACCCCAUAGCGAAGUAUUGCUAUGGAGAAAGCCCGCCCGAGCUCUUCCCUGCUUGACGGGUGCAGCGGACUUGCUCCAGCCUGGGUGAGGAGGCCCCGCCGAAGAACUUGCCUCCUGGGACCCAGCUUCAGCCAAAGGGCCAGGCUGCAGGAAGAAGACAAAGGCAGCGCGAGGAAACCUUGGCUUUGACCACUUCUCGUGUUGUCAUCUUUGGCUUCGCUCACCACCCGGGCUUACCAGAUGGAACUCUUCUGUAAAGCAGCUUGGCCCCUCCAGCCAGUCCCAUUCGGGAAAGAUGAAACCGGAGGCCGGGCUCGCGGUGGUGGUGGAAUUCUUGGAUGACUUAGCCCUGGGACCGGCACAGGGACCUGUGACUUGUGUUCGUCGGGGGCCGGUGUUACUUCCAGUUUUGAUCCAGGCCCUUUCACUGUAAAAUUAUUUAUUGGAUUCCUUUGGAGUAAUGGGAACAUUCUAAUGUUUUAUGUAGGAAAAUGCCUUGCCAUUCUAGUUGAAUAUGUUCAAGGAAAUUAUUUUUGUUGUUGUUCUGUGUUCUCGAGUUUCAGGAGUUAAAUCAUUCUUCCACCCAGAUAAAACAUUUUCUCUUUUAGGAGGUGAAUAUUCUCUCUAGGCAGUUAUUUUUGUUUGUAUUUCGACUGUAUCAAGCAUAGGCCCUGAACAUGACCUGUUAGCCAUAUCCUGACGUGUAAAAUUAUCUAAAAACUCAGACACUCUUCCAUUCUAAUCUAACUGCAAGAUUUCUAACAGUGGGCACCGUGUGCCUGCCCUCAGGUUAUUUUCCAGUGGCAGUCAAAUGUGCUCAUAUACCCUAUGGAGAGCACUGUUUUAGCAGAAAUCUAAUUUCUCUUCCUGGAGGAAUUUGUUCUCAUUUCUUUUGCCACUUAAAAUUAACUGUGGGCUACUCAGCCAGGGACAGUGGGAGCCUCAGGAAGGUCAGAGGCAACCUCCUCCCCUGUUCUGUCAAUAGAAACCCAAUGUUGAGGCAAUUCCUAAACAGAUGCACCUCACAGCUUGCUGUAUGUGUUUAUUCUUUAUUGCUUUCAGCUUUGGGGCUGUAACAGGUACAAAUAUUUGGUUUCCCUAUGAUUUAUAGAGAAGAAGAAACCCAGCUCUCUAUCAGAGCACUGCAAGAGAAGAGUCUUACACCUGCCCUCAGUGGGAGAUGAGAAUGGUCAUUAUGACUUAGAGAAUGCUACACAUGUAGGUUGCUGUUGUGUCCUGAAUCCACAGGCAUAAAGCACUCCCCAUUUUUCCUACUGUAACGCAGAUUCUCCGGCUCAAGGUCUAGAAUAUUUGAUCCUAAGAUCAAGACAUUAUGCCCUUCGAAUAGUACUGCUCUUUGGUUUCAGGAGUCACAUGAACACACAACUCUCCUAUAUUCCUUCCGGAACCUCAGGAUUGAGCAAGGUCUUUGUAAUUUUUUUGGUUCACAUUAUUGACCUGGGAGCAAGGUGCUAAUUCUGUGGUCAGUAUUCAACGUUUUUUUCAGUGGAGCUUCUUCUUUGGGCCAUAUUUGCCUUCCAGUACAUUCCUGCAAUAUGUAGUGGUGAUUUUCCUUAACUUCCUCCUACUACCUCUUAUACUCAUCUCCCAAAAUUAUUUGCCUCCCUUAAAUAAGUUUUCCUAGAGGGUAAGCUGGUCAGGCAAUUUUAAAAAUAUUAGAUCCCAAGAAAUCUAUUCCAUUUGCAUUGGACUUCUCCGAUUCCAUGUGUUUGCAGCAGGACUACAUCGAACUCUGAUGUGACGGAUUGUGGCAUGUCUGCAUGUCUCAUCCAUCUAUUGUUUUUGGUAACUCAGUUUGGAAUUUCAGUGUCUGUCUUCCCUGGGUUGACAUUGGAAUCAGCCUCUCCUUUGAGCUUAUUUUAACUCUUGAGCAACAUAACAUAGAUUUAAUGUGAACAGUUUAUACCAAAGGACAGCCUGUGCCUAUUUACGGAUCCUCUCUGACUUUGUACUUGAAGAGUGCAUUUUACAUUUCCAGUGCUUUCACAAACAGGAACCCCAACCUUACGAUGGAGAAUUAAGCUUGCUUGUAUUUCCACUUUAUGGAUGAGGAAAUAUGAGAGGUGGAGUAACUUCCUGGGUCCCCACUGAGAUUUAGUGACAGAUCCCAAACAAGAACUUCAUCUCUGACUCUAGGUCUAGUCCUCUUCCCGCUGUCUCUUGCCAGCUCCAGCCCUGACACUGUGGGUGUCUCCCCUGAGAGCAGAUACAUUUCAAUUGUCCAGGCCAAAAGAGGGGCGAGGCGGCAUAAACACCCAAAUUAGGUGGAGGAUCCAAAGGUCAUUUUCAUUUGGCUGUGGAAUAUGUUUUUUGUACUUCAGUCAGCUAGGGGUGUGUUCACUGUUUUUGGAAAUUCACAGCGCUUGAGCCUCCAUAAUGAAGCCGGGCUGCAGAGCACCUGGCACGUGCUCCAGGCUCCCAGCUCCCAGCCUAGGACCUCUCCCUGCCCUCCACUCUGGUUGGUUUGUGGUUCCCUCGACCGAGGGUUUCUAGAAUCAGGGACCUUGUCUAAGUUUUGUUUGCCCAGAGCCCAACAAAGUGUGUGAUACACAUUGGGAGUUGAGGAGAUCACAAAAGGGAUGAAAACACCUUUAGAAAAAAUUUCAUUGGUGGGGCGCGGUGGCUUAUGCCUGUAAUCCCAGCACUUUGGGAGGCUGAGGCGGGUGGAUCACCUGAAGGCAGGAGUUCAGACCAGCCUGACCAAUACGGUGAAACCCCAUCUAUACUAAAAAUACAAAAAUUAGCCGGGUGCGGGGGCGUGUGCUUGUAGUCGUGAGACUGUCUCAAAAAUAAAGAAAAAAAUGUUAUCAAUAAGUGAGUGUUUUCGGCUCAAGGGAAUUGAGUCAUACGGCGCAUCUCCCCCAGUUCUGCAUCUUAUUUGCUGCGCUUGCUGGAGUUGUAAAGAUUGGUCCUAACAGGGAAAGAAACACACAAGAGACUGUGAAAAGGGCUCUGAGACAAGCAAGGACAAAAGAGGGAGGGAAAUACCUUCCACAGGGCCUGGGAUCUGGCAAUGCUAGAGCUUUUUUUUUUUUUUUUUUAAGAGAUGGAGUCUUGCUCUGUAGCCCAGGCUGGAGUGCAAUGGCGUGAUCUCAGCUCACUGCAACCUCUGCCUCCUGGGUUCAAGCAAUUCUCCUGCCUCAGCCUCUUGAGUAGCUGGGAUCACAGGCGUACACCACCACACCCAGCUAAGUUUUUGUACUUUCAGUAGAGACGGGGUUUCACCAUGUUGACCAGGCUGGUCACGGACUCCUGACCUCAGAUGAUCUGCCCGCCUCAGCCUCUGAAAGUGCUGGGAUUACAGGCGUGAGCCACUGCGCCCGGCGUGGAGCUGCUCUUGAUGGGUGAGCUCCACAGCUUUUGCAGAAGCAGAGGGUAUGACUUGAGAGCAGUGCUGUCACCCCUCAGCAUGUCCCCAAGCCCAACUGGGGCCUCCUGGAGAUGCCUCAGUCGGCGUUGGCCCCAAGGGAAUCGUGGGGAACAGUUGCACAAUUUGCAAGUUUCUGAGUGCAGCUUUUCCCAUCCUUGGGAUCUGCAGAUAAGUUGUAAACGUGGGGAGGUACUGCUUAUUGGACAUACUUUUCAUAGAUAGGACAGAAUUCUUUUGGGACUCUAGAGUUGGGAACUACCACUUCCUAGCGGCGUGGCUGAGGCAGUCUUCCUCCUCUGUGGCUCAGGCCCUUCAUCUGUGAAAUGGGGUCACAGCAUCUGCCUCUCAGGGUGGCUGUGAGGUGUCGAUCUGAGCAAGGCCUGAGGCUUGGCAAGAAGUCAAUGUCUGCAACUCAGCGGGGAGCAAUGGCAGGAGCAGUCAGGGGUGGGGUCGGCUCGGAUAGGGGUGGGUGGGCUCCUGAGCUUGGAAGAGUAGGAAUUGCAGAGCUCUUGUUACUAUUGUUACUGUUUUUAAAGAGAACUCAUGCUAAAGAUACGAUAUUUCAGAUAAUUCAGGAGCACGUAAGGAUGAAACUUAGGAUAACCUAAAAUCACACAACCUAGAGAUAAAUGCGUUUUUGUCUUCCCCCAUUUUCUAGGCAAAAAUGAAAGCACUUUGUCCUCUUGAAAAACAAUUCUCUAAUGAAUAUCCUAUGUUACAUAGAGGCCUAUGUAAUGCAUUUGCGUGGCCACAUGGUGUCAAUUUCAUGGAUAUACAAUAAUAUUAUUAAUUCCCUGCUGAGGACAUUAACUGGUUUCCAAGGCUGCUUGUUGUUUUUGCUACUACAAAUAAUGCAUUGAUGAUAAAUACUUUUACAUACAUGGUUGUAUGUUUAUCUGAACUAUUUUCACCAGUAUAUUCACCUAGUGUGUAUGGGAGUUUCCAUUUUUGUCAUACCCCUGAUAACCCUGUGAUAUUAUUUUUAAACAUUUUGCUAAUGGAUCUCAGUGUUCUCGUUUGAAUGUAUUUAAUUUCUAGCAGAAUGAGCCCCAUUCCUUGUUUUGAUUGGCCACUUAUCGUGUACAUAUGGUGAAAUGCCUAUUCGUGACUUAGCCAAUGUUGUUUCUUUUUCUUACUGAUUACUACAGUACAUUUUUAAAUGAAA